ACACCCCCUUUCCUUCUCCUCUCUCCCUCAUCCAGGUUUUCUCCCCCGCUUGCACAUUCACCAGCAGCACCUCCAGCAGGGACCUGUUCUAGCAGCAAGGUCUCUCUCCUUGCCCUCUCGUUCAGCAGUUGAAAGUCCUGCAUUAGCGUGCCGACAAUGGCCGCUACCGCCGCGUUGCUGACGAAUCAGAUUGCUUCAUUGAGCAUCAGGCCAUCAGCAUGCCUCAAGUCCGACUUUGACGGCCGCGCUCUCACCCUCUCCUCCCCUCUCGUCGCCGCGGCCCCCGCCAUCCGCCGCGCUUCCGUCGCCGCGUCAGCCGCUCCCCCCGCCGCAGCCGCCGCUGCGGUUUCCGCCGCAGCUCCCGCCGUCGCGGCUUCGCUAGCGCUCGACGAUGACGUGGACGCGGGUGGGCGGCGGUACCCGCCGUUCGCGGCGUUCCGCAUCCACGGCACGGGCAGGAGAAAGACGGCCGUGGCGCGCGUGGGGCUCAUCGAGGGCAACGGGGAGAUCUUCGUCAACGGGCUGCCCCUGAACGAAUAUUUCCAGAACCAGGCGCUCAUGAUCCAGGCGGUGAAGCUGCCGCUCUCUUCCCUGGGCUACGAGGCCAAGUACGAUGUGGUGGUGAAGGCGCAUGGAGGGGGGCUCAACGCGCAGGCGCAGGCCAUGGUGAUGGGCAUCGCCCGUGCUCUCGUUGCUGCCAGCGCUGCCAACCGCCCGCCGCUCAAGGCCCAGGGCAUGCUGACGCGUGAUGCCCGCUCGGUAGAGCGCAAAAAGUAUGGCCUCAAGAAGGCCCGGAAGGCUCCCCAGUUCUCCAAGCGUUAAAUUGGAAAAAAUGGGUGCCGGUGGAGAUCUUGUGCUUGUGGUUUUGUGCCAUAGACAUAUAGAUGGGGGAGCUCAAGCAAUGUGUGGCAGCUUUGUUCUCUGAAGGUUUCAUAUCAUCAAUCUGUGAUCACUAAUAACCACACUCAAAGUUCAAUAGAAAGAAAUCAUUAUC